AUGGCCGAAAAAAAUUGUUGUCAAAAAAUUAUUUCCAUAGAAGUUCCAUCUAAUGAAGGACAAAUUGAUGGAUCUACUCAUUUUUCUAAUUCCUCAGCUCUAUCUUCAAACAUCAAUGAAUCAACUCCACCAACAAUUGAUAAUGAUAGUGAAAAUAGAAGAAGAAAACUUACUUAUGUUGUUUGGCAGCAUUUUAAAAAGCAAAAAACCAAUGGAGAGGAUAAGGUAAUAUGCAAUUAUUGUGAAAGAAAAUUGGUGGGAUCAAGCAAAAAUGGAACCAAGCAUUUGCAUGAUCAUUUCAGAGUAUGUCCUCUAAGGAAACAUAAAGACAUAAAACAGAUACUCUGGAAUCCUACCAAGAAAAAAGAUGGAGGUACUUCACUUGGAACAUAUACAUUUGAUCAAGAGUAUUCAAGGCAACAACUUGCUGGGAUGAUCAUUUUGCAUGAGUAUCCUCUUAAUAUGGUUGAACAUGAAGGAUUUAGAAAUUUUGUGAACUCAAUUCAACCUUUGUUCAAGUUUUUAUAUGUGCCUUCCCCUCAAACUACUGAAGCAUUAUCAAAAGUGUUGAUGCAAUGUUUGGUUGUAUGGAGUAUUGAUCGUAAGUUAUCUACUUUAACUCUAGAUAAUUGUACUACGAAUGAUGCCAUGAUGGAUUUUAUGUUGGAGAAAUUGUCUUCUUCUCAUUUGAUGUUGGGUGGGAAUUUUGUUCAUAUGCAUUGUUGUGCACACAUUUCAAACUUAAUAGUGAAGGAGGGAUUGGACACAAUUAAAGAUGGUGUUGAAAGUAUACGUGAGAGUGUAUUUUAUUGGACAGCAACACCAAAAAAAGUUGAAAAUUUUGAGGAAAUGACAAGACAAAUAAAAAUUUCAUGCACUAGAAAGUUAGUUCUUGAUUGUAAGGCUAGGUGGAAUUCUACUUACUUGAUGAUUACUAGUGCCAUGAUCUAUAAGAAUGUUUUUAGUCGCCUACGAUUCAGUGAGAAAAAGUAUAAACACUUGCCUAAUGAACGUGAUUGGCUCUUAGCAAGUAGGAUGUGUGACAAAUUAAGGUUGUUUUACAAUGUUACUGGGAUGUUUUCAGGGGCCAAAUAUCCUUCUGCAAGUCUCUUUUUUCCUAAGAUUUGUAAGAUUAGACUAUUGCUUAAUGAAUGUCUUGUAUCAGAGUAUCCUGAGAUAAAUUUAAUGGCUGAAAAAAUGAUUGUCAAAUUUGAGAAGUAUUGGUUUGUGAUACAUCGGAUAUUGUUCAUAGCAACUGUUUUAGAUCCAAGAUUUAAGAUGAAAUUGAUUGAAUACUACUUUCCUCGAAUUUAUGGUGAUAAGUCCUUAAUUGCAAUUGAAAGAGUUCGAAAAUUGUGUCUUGAUUUAGUGAAAGAGUACAAUUUGAAUCAAGAUAAUGGAAGUACUAUUGAUCAUUCAUUGAGUUUCUCUGAGGUUGAUAAGAAUGUUAAUGAAUCUAUGGAUGAAUUGGCUGGUUAUGAUUUGUUCGUUAGUAGCACAACCAAUGUGGAUACUGUCAAGUCUAAGAUAGAGCACUACUUGGAAGAGGCUGUUUUGCCUAGGACUUCUGAAUUUGAUAUUUUAGCAUGGUGGAAGACCAAUGGGUUGAAAUAUCUUAUCUUACAAACUAUUGCUAAAGAUGUUUUGGCAAUAUCAGUCACAACAGUUGCUUCUGAGUCAACUUUUAGCACUAGCGGUAAACAUGUGACUCCUCAUCGUAAUAGGCUACAUCCCAACGCUUUGGAAGCUUUAGUGUGUGCACAAGAUUGGGACCAAGUUAUGUGGAUUUUGAAACUUGAUGAAGCUUGUGAUGAUGAAGAUGCAAUAUAA